CUUUUACACAUGGCUCAAUUGAAAUGGAUUUUGGUUGCUUUAUUCCAUAUAAUUAAGCAGAAUGACAGUGCUUUCCCGUGCUUAAACAAUGUGGAUCGACGUUUCGAAUGUUGUCAUCCAUGUAACAAAAUGGACAACAAGAAUCGAUGUACGUCUUUAUGCCCAAAAGAUUUUUUCAUUAUAAAAAGGACCACAGAUUUAAAAUGUUCACAAAAAGGAUCCAUCAUAAUCUUUGAAGGAUUUGAAGAUUUUGAUAUGGAUGACAGAAUGCAACCAUUGUGUGUACGACAAUGUCCUGAGAGAUACCAAAACACUUCAAAAACAGAAUGCCAGUACUGUGAUGAAAGCUGUAAUGUGACUGUUGCCAUGGAACACUUUGAUAAAGUUAAUGGCAUUUCAAUCGGAUUAUCUUCCUUAGCAUUGGUAUUAUGUCUAGUGAUUACAUUCAUUAUCUUAUACUGUGCUUUCAAACGCAGACGGAUAAAAAGAAGACAGGCAAAUCCGAGGAAUAAUAACACUUUUGAUUUUGCUACAACCCGUGUGACUCAGGGAGAUGAAGAAAUAGGAAACAACGAAGCUUACGCACACCAUAAUAGUGUUACAAAUGAAACAUAUACUGCAAAGAUGGUGGUUUCAAAUACAAGUAAUACAUUAAAUAAAGAUUUUUCUACAGAAAAUGCUAAUGUGUCUUUAGAUGUACACGAGAACAAACAACUUAAAAAUAAAAGUUGUGAGAAAUUAUGUGUUGCUGAACUAACAUCAAAAUGUUAUGGAUUACAGCAUAGGAAGGAUUUCGUCAGCACUCGUGAAAACAUAACAGCGUUAGAAAUUGAAAAGAGCACUUUUGUUAAUUCAGAGAGAGUAGUCAUACACAAUAUAGAUACAUGUAAUUUUAUUGUGAAAGGAAACCCAACAAUUAACGUAGGACAUGUUAUUGGCUUGUCUGUUUCAGAUAAAAAUGAAACAAUAAUACAAUACAAUGAUGCAGGAAAUGUAUGA